AGCACCAAAACCCUUCUGAAAUUCCCAGCCAAAAACCCCUCCAUAGACUCUUUUCCUGGAGCACCGAUUUGAAUUCUAAAACCCCUAAAUACAUAAAACCCAUAUGUUUGAGAUUCCACACCAGUGAUUUUAUAUUAACGGUCAGAAUUAUGGUAUAUAGCUGAUCGGGAUACUUAAACAAAUUGCGUCAAGUAUGUGCAUACGGUUCAAUAUCUCGAAUACGGGCAAGAAGUUUCUCUUUUUUUCAAUUUGUUGGUUACCUUUCUCAAGCAUCUGUUUGGUGAAAUUCACUUCACUAGUCUGUCGUAUGUAGAAGCAGGAAUUGUUUUUUUUCUUUUCAAUUUGUAGGAUGAUUUUAAAAAUGGUUUCCUAGCUUCUUUGUCACAACAGAAGUAUUUCUGUUCGUUAAAAUUAGUAUAACCCUACUAGUUUGAUGCAGUAUUUUAUCAAUUCAACCCUUUUUAAUCUCUUACACAUUUAGUGUGGUGCUCCCUUGUGAAAUCUCCACUACCUUUUUGCUACUUGAGCUCAUCCCAUCCCUCCAAAAAGUCUCAAUACUGUCUUUAACUCAAUGGAUAAAUCCUUAGUGAAGCUUGAAGUAGAUUUUGAAGACAUGGACUAUGCCAUCGAUUCUUCUUCCCAACAUGGAGUGUCGUUAUUAAGGAAUUCUCAAAGUUUGUAUACACCCAGAGAUUUAGAUCUUGACGAGCAUAUAGCAGACAAUGAAGAGGACGGCUAUGAUCCUCCAGAGGCAAACAGAUUUGCCCUUGACAAGGCCAAAUCACUUUCCUUUGAGACAUCUAUUAUUGAAGGCAAAAAAAAUCAGGGUAAAGACAGUGGCACCGAUUACUUGAUACCAUAUCAUAAUCAUAGGUUAAGAGGUAUCUUGGAAGAGCUCUCGAGCCAGCAUAGAUGGAAGGAAUGCGCAGGAGUCUUGAGCGCGUUGCUGAAAGGAAUGGUCCAUGAUAUCUAUUUUUUUAGGCAUCAAUUCAAGUACUGGGCUGCAAUGGAGACACUCAGGCAGAUUGAUAGUAACCAAGGGAAUGAAAGAAAAUUCAAUCAUCUUUUUGAGCUUUUAUGGAAGAAGCAACCUGAUCCAAAACAUGCUAUUAAUAAGAAGCUUCGCCCUAGCAUACAAUUGGAAAAGGUACUUUAUUUUAUCAGUCAAGGAAGGCUUGAUGAUGCAUCCCUCAAUUCAAAAGAGUAUAUUUCUGAAAGAAGAACAAUUUCGGGAUGACCCAGUGGCAAAUAUGGUCUAUGGAUUGAUUGUGUAUCAGAAGUGGUUUGAUGCUAUUUCCAAAAGAUUACAUCUUAAGGAACAUGACAUGAUUCCUCUAACAGAAGACAUGGAGAUGGAUUCAUUGGACGCUAUUAGCAAGAGUUAUCAGUCGGUCCAGAACUCACAUCCUAAUAUUUCAGGAGAAGAGAAAUUGUUUAUCACGUUGGAUUCUGAUAGCUCUAUUGGCAAUGGGAAGGAAAUUCCUAAGUUACCAGGACAUCAUUCUUCAAAAAAGCAAUGCUGUAGAGGUCCUCUUCAUGGUACAUCUAAGAAAAUUUAUGUGCAAGGGUUUAAUGAAGAGACAGAUGAGGAUGUUUCUUCUCAUGAUUUGGGUGGCGUUUCAGGAAGGAUAACUGUCUUAUGUUCUACUGAUUUGGAUAGGAUAUUAUUUCCCAUACGGCUGCCUGCAACUCAUGAAAAGAUGGAAUACAUGAUUCCGAUGGAAGUGGAUGAAGCCAAAGUUUAUCAUGAGGCUUUGAAGCAUUUUGAAGUUGCACUAUCUUCAUCCCCACCAUUAUUAGCAGCUUUGGUACCAUAUUUACAGCUAUUGCUUGCUAAUGGGCAAGUAAAGGAGACGUUGAAGAAAAUUGAAAACUUAUGCCAGGAUUCAAAUCAUUUAUUACUAUUCAGCUUGAGGGCUAGGCUUGCAGAGUCUUUGACACCAAAACAACCCACAUUACUUGGACGCUGUUAUGAGGAGCUUUUGAGCAAAAAUCCAGCAUCAGAUCAAUCAAUAAAGUGUCUUGUCAAACUGCACAAGAAAGGUAGUUAUCAAACAGACUCUUUGGUGGAAUGUAUAGCUCUUCACUUAGAUGCUGCUCAUGGACAUGCUUAUAUCUGGAGGGAAUUAGCUUCUUGUUUUCAGGAGAUACAAGCUGAAUGGCAGGCUAAGCAUGAGAAUGAUGAUCGAUUAUCCACAGAACAAGGAAAUUAUUCAGAUAUAAAAUAUGGACGCUUAACAUUUUCAAAUCAGCUUCCUAGAAUGUUUUGUAAUUCUCAGUUAAGAAGCAACUGGAUGCUACGCUGCAAAUGGUGGGCUGGAAGGCAUUUUAGCAAAGAUAGAAUUCAUCUAGAACAGCAGGAAGCUGGUAACUGGGAACUUGUGACUUUCAAGGCUGCAUGUGCUACUCACAUACUGGGACCAAAGUUUGGAUAUGUAAAAGAUAUUUACGCUGCACUUGAAAGUAUGGAAGAAACGAAUAUGCUGUCUCUUCUGAAGCCACAUAUCCAUUGUUCUCUUCGAUUAAAGAAACAUCUAUACAAAAGAUGACCACGUGCUAUUGUUGAUAAUCUCAGCACUCAUUGCAUUUUAUAGCUCUGAAGGGAACUAAGCUAGUAAAUGUAAGGCAAGUUUUUAAGCUUUUGGCCUGGCUAUUGGCUAAGUUGGUAACUUGUCUUCAACAGCUGAUGAGUACUUACAAAGUAAGAGUGUAAGAUGAUAUAUUCAUAGUUUUAUUUUUAUAUACUUUCAAGGCUACAUGCGCUAGUCACAUACUGGGACGAACGUUUGGAUAUGUAAAUGAUAUUUACGCUGGACUUGAAAGUAUGGUUGAAACAAAUAUGCUGUCUCUUCUGAAGCCACAUAUCCAUUGUUCUCUUGGAUUUAAAAACACCUAUGCAAAAGAUGACCUACACGUGUCAUUGUUGAUAA